AUGACACCAGCAUGGAGCGCAGAAACGGAAUCAUUAGGUUUCUCUCACACUCUUACGGUCCCUAGUCGCACCGUUGGGCACAAACCAGGCACCGAGGUCUACUCUGUGGUGAGCUCCGACGACCAGCCUACCGCCAUUCUUUGCCUUCAACAUGAAGGAAAUCGACCGCAAGCCCCAGAUGGAGAGAACGGCCAUAACGCGUACAGAACGGAAAUUUAUGCAGAGAGGGAGUCCCCCGUUUCUUUCAGGUGUGAGGCAGAAGGCUGCCCUAGCGGUGAGUGCACAGACAGCAUCAAAGCCGCUGACUGGGAAGAUGCCGAUUCCUCUAGCACAAUCGGCGAGGGAACCGUCGAGCAUUCGAUGCGUCACAAACAAGCAGACCCAGAGACUCUGCACAGUGCAGGCGCGCUCGAAUAUUCGGUUCCUACGACGCCGUUGGGCGACUUUGCCUCUGGUACCCACAGGCAGCAGUUUAGCUUCUUGACUGAGGAAGGGCUAACCGCCGCUGGCGGAUGCGAAAGCGAAGGCGCGGGACGUUUCGAAGGUCGCCUCAGCGGACACCAUUCUCCGGCUUCAUGCACACAGAGGCCUCGCUCCUCCUCGCUCCCUAGCGAAGAGAGUGCAGGUGCCGUGAGAGAGGGAGUGCGGCAGUUGGAGGAGGCCGCACUAACCGACGCGGCGAGACUGCUGAGCGAAGAAGACAGCGAGGCCAGCGACGAUAUCAACUCUUCUAAAAACCCUCUUUCUUUGUCUGAAGCUGACCAGACGUCCGCAUCCCCCAAGGAGGUUAUGGGGCUAGGCGACAUGAUUGCAGCGGGUCGGCAACGGCGGCAGGCUGUUGAAGCAUUGAGCAUGAUGGGGUUUCAAAUGCCCCCUGGAGGGCUUGCCUCGAUGAAUCCUCAGCAGCAGCAAAUGAUGGCCAUGUUUCUCAUGCAGCAGCAACAGCAGAUGCUGGCUCAGCGCCAGGGACUCGGGGGCCAGGAGGCCCCGCUCGGGCCCCAGCAGUUGAUGCAGCAGCAGAUGCUUUGGCCGCAGCAGCAGCAGAUGAUUAGAGGCCAGCCUCAGGGAAGAGGGGGGGGCCGCAACCGCAGCAACCAGGGGAACUCCGGGAUGGGAGGUACUGCUCAGAGAGCCAACAGACUCCAGCGUCAAAACGAGCAAAACGCUGGAUUCUAUCCCGCGCAGACCCCAGCGGUGCCCACGAUGCCCUCGCCUGCGUAUUCGCCAUCCGCAGGAACGACCAUGUUUGCAUCGCACUACCAGAGUCCGUAUUUGCCUGGAGGCAAAGCAGGCUUGCCUGGCGUCGGGCCUGGCUAUCCCGCGCCCGCCGGUUUGAGCGCUGGAACGAACUACGGAUACGGGGCUGGCGUGACCGGCAUGCAGCAGAAUGCGGGCACACUCAUGGCUGGCUACGGGGGCAGUCCAGCAGCCCCCGGGCUUGCCUUCUCCUACGAUAGUGCCGCAGGAGCAACCGGCACUCCGCAGUCGCCCUACGACGCCAACCUCCAGCCGCGACAACAGAAUGUAGACGAAGCCGCGCGGUGGGCGGAACAGCUGAGAAGGCAACAGGCGGCCUGGGCUCGGCAAAACGCCUGA